GAUUACAAUAGGAUAACCAAUUACGAUCGACUUUGUGUUUUGAAAGUACACCGUCAUAGCAACGUAGUUAGUAGUCGUCUAGAGUAAAAGUAAGAUUUCGUUUCGAGGAUAUUAAAGUUGUAUCGUACGGUGUGACUUUCGUUAUCGGACAAUAGAAAAUUCAAGAAAAUGUCGUUGUUUAAAACGAAAGAGUGGUGGAGAACGAAAUGUGGAUCAAACGAGACGUUCGAUCGAUCGAGUCUCCUCGUGGCUCCUUUAUUUGGGGACGACAGAAAGGAUUGCAUCGUAAUUGGCAGUCAUCAAGGAUAUUUAAGGAUAUAUUAUUUAUCAUCGCAAUGGCAGGACGAAACGAAAUCUUCGACAGGUUACAAAUCUAUCGAUCUUAUGACCGAAACAAAACUCGGCGAUUGUAUCGUCGACUUAAAGGCGGGAAAAUUGGUAUCUGGCUCUCAAGAUCCUCAUCUGGCAGUAUUAACAUCGAACAAGCUCAUCGUUUACACGGUUACAUUGACGAAGGGAUCCACCGAACAGGGAGAUCAGUGUAACCUGGAAAUUGCUUACGAACACAGGUUACCACGCUUUCCUGCAUCCCUCGUAGUUGGUCCAUUCGGUGGUGUACGUGGCAGAGACUUCCUAUGCGUCCAAUGCUUGGACGGAACGUUAUUUUUUUACGAGCAAGAAGCUUAUGCCUUCAGUCAACUUCUAAGGAAUCGUCUGUUGCCCGAACCGAUCGUUUACAUUUCGCGGAACGACGUCUUCGUCACUUCGAAUUGCUCGUGGAUCCUCGAAUGCUACAGGUAUCAAAAUAUAGCAGAGUUUGGAAGAAAUCAAAAGCAGGGAGAAACGAAGAACGAAGCGGCGAAGAGCUUGGAACCAGAAUGGAGUUACAACAUAGGAGAGGCUGUAGUCGAUAUCGGUGCUGUUACCUUGAGCAGUUUCGAGAUCGGGAUCGUCGUUCUCGGGGAGAAAAAUCUCUACUGCUUCAAGGACACCGGUGCUUCGUUAAAGUACACAAAAAGGCUCGACUACAAAGCACUUUGUUUUCACGCUUACGUCAUAGAACCGGAUGGGAAACUGAUGGUGUUCGUAAUUGCCGAUACAAGCACCUUGAUGAUUUACGAGGGUACGACUCUCAAGUGGUCGGCACAGCUACCGUUCGUUCCGGUCGCCGUAACUAGAGCACAUUUUCAGUACCUGGAUGGUUUAAUCGUUAUACUUUCGGAGGAAGGACAAUUGGAGGCCUGUUAUUUAGGCUCGGAACCAUCUCUUUUCAUAGCACCGGCUGUUCAUCGACGUGGAUUUGAUUAUGUUGCUGCGGAAGAGGAAUUGUUAGAAGUACGUAGGAAAUUGAAGGAGAUGAAACUUUCGGGCGAUCAACUAGCAGUCACACCUGUAACUGACAUGGAACUACUCGUUAAUGUCAACAUUUCUCCCGAUCUGGAACCUUGUCCUUUCGUUGAUAAAGAGUCGAAGGAGGAUCAAGAGAUACGACAAUUGUCUAUGUGUAGGGCAACCAUAGAAUUAUCAUCUUACACAACACUUUACGGUGUGCAAGUUUGCAUCGACGUGUCGAAACCAUUCGUCUCUACGAUCACUUAUCGCCUCAUUCAAAAUCUCUGCGACAAACAGGUCGUUCAAACGUUGAUUUAUCCAAGUGGAAAUUUACCUGUUAUGUCAUCCGAAGUUAAAAUCACUGCUACGUACGAGAACGAUCGUGGGAAUCUUCGCAUAAUGCAAAAGACGACGGAGUUGCCCUUAAAGUUGAUGUUGAGAGCUUGUCCGCCCGAAAACACAUCGACCUUUACCGUUAUCAUAAAGUGCAACGAGUCGCUCGUGGGAUUCAAUCAGCUCUUUCCGGAAUUUAGCGGAGAUCAUCUUCGAAGACAAAAUUGGAAUACGUUGGGUCUACAGCACAUCCAAACUGGACAAGUAGUGACGAUCGUUUCCGGUAGUACAAGCAACCGAUAUCGAGUGCAGUCGAACGACGGUCUAUCGAUGUCCUUGGUGGUGCAGCAGCUGGUUAACAGGCUCAAGGACAAGUCGACAGGAAGGCUCGCAGCAUCCAUAAGCCAGCAUCACGUGCAACUGGUGCACGUGCAGAUGGAACUUCACUUUCUAUGUCGGCAGGAAGUUGAUCGAAUAAACACCGAACUAGCUUUGCUGAUGACCCAGUUGAGAAAUAUCGAGAAAAGGAUGUUAAGAGCUGCGAGGGAGAGGAAUAGCCGAUCUUUAACCGCUACAGGAUUAUCCUUCCUCUUAAGCUCGACGUAUGAUGCGAUCUCCGGACUUCUUGACGAUCUUGCGGCGGCUCAAACGAAACGAGAGCAUGCCAGGCAUGGUUUGCACUGCGCGCUGAGGUUGCUGCUCCUGCUCUUGCGGCUUAACGUAAAUAACGAUAAGUAUACGAUUCUGGAGUCGGCGAUCGGAUUCGAGGCACAGCUGCGUGACGAAGUCAAUUGGGAAGAAGUUGCGGAUGCUGGUUUAGCUGCUUUCUUAAGAUCUGUCUCGAAGAAACAAGCCAACAACGCGGAGAACAAAUCGUUUUCAUGGAAUAAAUUCACGUCGAUGAAAGAUGUAGCCAAAUUAAAGAAACGUUUGACACAUGCCGUGGAACGACUGGACGAUUGUAAAGAGUCUGGUAUCGAUGAGAACGAGACUGAAAGUGGUAACUUCAAUUUCUCAUAACGACGUCGCCAAAAUUCGAUUUGACAUUAUUUUUGUGGUAGGAAAAGAAAAUAAAAAGAAAAAAAAAAAAGAGAAAAAUAUCGGAAGAAAAUAACAAAAAAAAAAAAAUAAAAAUAAAAGAAACAGAAAAAAAGAAGAAGAAAAUAGGUAAACGAAGGAAAGACGAUAUCGAGAUAAGAUUAAAUAAAAAAAAGAAUUACAAAGGAGACAAGGGAGAAAAGAGAAACGCAUGAGACAGACAAAGAGAGAGAGAGAGAGAGAGAGAGAGAGAGAGAGAGAGAGAGAAAAGAAAAGGAAAUUGGUAUGCCUGGUAAAGUAUAUAGGAGGUACGCGUUGAUAAUGUCAAGUUUUUAUUACGACGAUUUCACGGAAGCAAUAAAAACAUUGAUUCCAUUGCUCACUCCGACACAUCGUCUCGUGCAUGAUUGUACAAGAAGCACAUACCGUCGAAGUCAUAUGCACCGCGAGUUAGCUCAUAUACACGUAUCACAUCCAGGUACGGAGUGCAAACAGCAACGAGAGAGAGAGAGAGAGAGAAAGAUAGAUAGAUAGAUAAAUAGAGAGAGAGAGAGAGAGAGAGAGAGAGGGAGAGGGAGAGAAACAGAGACUGAGGAGGAAGAGGAGGAGGAGAAGAAGGGGACACGUGUGUGCAUUUACGUAAGUACACCUAUCUCGUUGGCCCGAUAAUUUUAUUCCGCUGGUCCGCCGCGUUGGAUCGAAAUAGCGAAGUCAAUUGCAGAGCGCAUAAUCGCCGCGGAAUGAUUCACUCUGGCGCCAUGAUUCUGCUUUUUCGAGGUUAAUUAAUAGGAAGAAUGUCCAUGGCAAAGCAUGCGUUUAAGUCGUCGAGUGCAAUAACAGUAUGCGCUUUGUUCGAUCAUUUUCCAACGAUCCUUUGCUAUUCGAUUCGUUGUAUAUAUGAAUAAUGUAUUCAAAAUGGCGUGCAAAGACUGUCAGCAGAACGUAGGAGCACGGAGUUAUCUCCAUAAUGAUCUUCGAGAUCACCGAGAUCACGCGACGCUAGGAACGCGGAGAAAAAUUCAUAUCUACCCGAUAUCUAGUAUAUAGUAGUAAUACUAGUAAUAUUAUAGUAGUCAUGGGUUAUAUAUAUAUACCUAUAUAUAUAUAUAUAUACUUAUACUCUUCUAUACCGUCCUACGUUAGUUGUCCCUCCGACUAAGACGGGAGGACGAUAGGAUUACGUGGAAAGUCAGGCCUGACUCCUCGAUCGAGCUUCCCGGAAGAACGGACCUUCAUCGGCACAGGGAUGACUGCUUCCUGCCUGAUCCUCGUUCGUUCUCUAAGCAACAUCAGCAAAAGCAUCAUCAACCACGAUGAUCUACUACUCGUUGGAAAUUUUCAAGAUGGCGAUCCAUCAGACGUAGACAUAUAUACAUACAUACAUACGUAUAAAUAUACAACGUAUUCAUAUGAUAGUAACUCGAGAAAGAAGAAAGAUAUUAUCGAAUAAAGUAUUCAAUUUCUUAUCAAAUCGAGCCAAUUAUCUAGAAACUCAAGGAUUUACCAGGAGUGGACGUGUUCUUUUCCAACGACAGACAUCGUAUACAUUAUACAUAUUUGCAGCGAAGGGGCUGAAGAUGAUGUCGGUAAAGAAAGAAGAGAAAAUAAAUCGGGGGCGAAGGUGGAACGUUCUUCGAGGAAGCAUAUAUAAAGAGAAAUAGAGAGAGAGAGAGAGAGAGAGAGAGAGAUAGAGAGAGAGAGAGAGAGAGAGAGAAUCAUCGCGAAUAUGAAUUGCAGUAUUGUUCCUAUCGCUAGUCAUAAUCAUGAGGCGUGUACGAAAAUCGAUAUUGGAUACAAGAAUCGCAUACUCACUCGAUACGAUACUUCACGCUCGAAAAAAUCGAUGCCGAACACGAAGAUUAGAAGCCGAUUUCCUUUCGCGUCGAAUUCCACGUCUUCUCAGUCUGACGUUCUUAAGGUGUCGCAUCUUGUGGACGAAUACAACAGCACAACGUCGUUUCACGUUCAUCCUCCUUCUUCUUCUUCUUCUUCUUCUUCUUCUUCUUCUUCUUCUUCUUCUUCUUCUUCUCCUCCUUCUCUUCUGCGCAUAGCAUAUAAUAAAGUUUUUCUUCAUCUACAUAGCUCCGAGCAGCUAUGCCGUCCUUCGCGGAGGAGAGCGCCGGACUCGCCUUACCUCUUCCUCCUCCACUCUUGGAUCACCCCCACUCCAUGUAAGAGCGCCACUACGAUCGCCUGGAACUACUUGUCGUUUACAGUGGAACGAAGCGGAAUCGGAAUCGAAUGGUACAGAAUGGAACGAAACGGAACGGAAUGAUACGGAACAGGAACGGAACUUUAAGCGCAGCUGCGUCGAGCAGCUGACGCGGGGAAUCGUUUGACUUACUGCUGCUCUUUGCCCUCUUUUGCUUUUUCUUCUUAUUCCUCUUCCUCUUUUUCUUC